AAAAAAAAAAAAAAAAAAAAAAAAAAAGAGCGCCACCCAAACAUGUCACUACGUCGUUCAUUGCUGUCAUCACGAAGAAGAAUCCUAAGUCGAUCUUUUACAUUUUCCUCCAAAUCCUUCAAAGAAUUUAAACUUCCAGAAACUUCUAAUAAUGAAAUUACUGUUCUUAGUAACGGUGAUGAUGAUGACACGUCAUCGUGGUCAAAUAUGUUGCCGGAGUUGUUAGGUGAGAUAAUAAAGAGAGUUGAAGCUAGUGAGGACACGUGGCCAUUACGUCAAAACGUUGUUGCUUGUGGUUGUGUUUGUAAGAGAUGGAGACAAGUUACUGAGGAUGUUGUUGAUUCUUCUCUUCAGAAUGGAAAAAUUACCUUUCCUUCUUGCCUUAAACAGCCUGGGCCUCGAGAGACUCCUCUACAAUGUUUCAUAAAACGUGACAAGAAGAACGCGGCAUUUUACCUAUAUCUCGCUCUUUCACCCUCAUUAAUGGACCAGGGGAAGUUUCUCUUAGCAGCCCGGAGGCACAGAAAUGGUGCUCACAUUGAAUAUAUAAUCUCUCUUGACGCAGAUGAUUUGUCUCAGAGAAGUAAGGCGUAUGUUGGGAAGUUAAGGUCGGACUUUCUUGGAACCAAAUUUACCAUAUAUGAUAGUCAACCCCCACACAAUGGGGCAAGGCCAUCAAGCAGCCGGUCUUGUCGUCGUUUUGCAAGCAAGCAGAUUAGUCCCCAAUUACCAGCUGGUAAUUUUGAAGUGGGACAUGUUUCCUACAAGUUUAACCUGUUGAAGUCAAGAGGACCGAGGAGGAUGGCAUGUUUACUCAAGUGUCCCUGUCCCGGAGAAGCUGUUACGCACAAAUCUCAGGAUGAUACUCCGAAGAAGAAGCAGCCUGGUUCUGCAGAAACCAACUCCACAGUUCUGAAAAACAAAGCUCCUCGGUGGCAUGAGCAUUUGCAAUGUUGGUGUUUAAAUUUCCAUGGCAGGGUCACCGUAGCAUCUGUGAAAAACUUUCAGCUAGUUGCAACAAUGGACCAAAGCCAGCCUGGGGGAAAAGGUGACGAGGAUACAGUUAUCCUCCAGUUUGGGAAGGUGGGCGAUGAUAUUUUUACAAUGGACUACAGGAAGCCAUUGUCUGCUUUCCAAGCGUUUGCAAUUUGCCUGACCAGUUUUGGUACAAAAUUGGCCUGUGAAUAGAUUCUUAAAACUGUUGCUAAUAUGCUUCCUAGUUUGUUUUUUUCUUUUUUCUUUUUGGUUGCACAAGGACACUUUUUAUUUAAUCUAGUAUUCUCUACUCGUGCAACAUUUAUAAUUUAGUAAUGCAGUAGAUGUGGAACUAAGUGUAAUCUAACCUUUAUGAGAAUUUAAUCAUGAUGUAUCAAAAGCUCGAUCAAUAGCGGAGUUCUCUACUA